AUGGAAGCUUUGAAGAACGCAGAGGCUCUCCCAAUCUAUCCCUCUUCACCUGCUGAUGCCUUGGACGGUAAAUAUGCCAUUGGAUCAACCGAGAGAGGAUACGUUGAGUCUUAUGGCUCCGACAUUGAAAGUAACACCUGGUUCAAAACUCCACCUCUUGAUGGAAAGACCAUCCAGAAACUACGCAGCAUUCAGCUUAUUACAGAGUCUCAUGACCAAGGCUAUUGCUCUGAUAGGGCAAAGGGUAACUGGACUUGGUUUGAGAUAUCCAUUUUGGAAAACGCAAAUGCGACUGAGCCGAGGGUGAAGGAUGACGUGCAGCUGACGUGGGAGAGUCACAAAAACCAGCUGGAGUCUAGGGAGUUUGUGCAGCUUGAAGGAACUCUCUUUCCUAAGGACCAUGAUAUUUUCCGACUCCUCGAAGAUCAAAAUGUCAUUGCUGUCAGGGUUUGCUCUCGCUUCUCAGGCUGGAAGUUGGUCGCUAAGCAGGGAUACCUUGUCGUAGAAUUCGGUCCUCCAGUGGAGAGGGAGCCUCUCAGUUUCGGGACUAUCGCAGCCAAGGUUCUAUAUACUCUCGAGGCUUUCAACGAUGUCAAUGAACUCUCGUUUCCUGAUUUGGAGGAAUUUCCAUCUUUGUCUGCAACUACGUUCAGGGCCGAUAGAAUGGGAACUGAGGAUGCCAAUGAACGGCCGCUCCGGGUUCUAUCACUAGAUGGCGGUGGCGUACGUGGUCUGGCGUCCCUAAUAGUCUUGAAAGCAAUCAUGGACCGUGCAUGCCCAGGAAAGAAGCCUUGCGAGGUGUUUGAUAUGAUUGGCGGCACUAGUACUGGAGGACUGAUUGCUAUUAUGCUUGGUCGGCUAGAGAUGUCAGUGGAUGACUGCAUCAACGAAUAUAAUACUCUCAUGGACAAAGUAUUCCCGCCACCGCAGAAGUGGACUUGGGAUCCGUCGUCUUGGAAAACCAACGGCUAUUGGAUGAGCAUCCUAUCCAGCGGCGAGAAAUGGAAGUCUGAGGGCCUUGAAAAAGUAAUCAAGGAUCUUGUCAACAGGGUGCUCAAUCAGGACCCUGAGGAAGUACUUCUGCAGGAUCCACACAACCCCAAUCCCUCGUGCAAGGUCUUUGUCACUGCGUCUAGAGCAGAGGGUGCCAAUAACUCGGAGCCCGUCCUCUUUCGGUCCUAUGCGAUCAAGCAUGCAAUGCCUGACCAUCCAAAAGUUAAGCUCUGGCAGGCAGCACGUGCCACAUCAGCAGCUCCAGGGUACUUCAAUUCCAUUGAAAUCGAUGGCAUGUCUUUUAUCGAUGGUGGAGUGCAAGCAAACAAUCCUCUCGGGUGGCUAUGGAACGAGGUACUCCAAGUAUUUACUGCAGUGCGUACAACAGACUGUUUCCUGAGCAUUGGCACCGGAGUCUCACUUAGCGAGCCGUCGGUUUCCGUCUUCGGUCCGAUAGGUAUUCUUACCAACACGAAUAUUGUUAACGUUUUGUUCCGCGAACUCAUCAAUGCGUUUGCUCCACGCGGUAUGGAAAAGAAAUACUGGCGCUUCGAUUUCGGUGAUGGCCUCCCUGAUUGGGUUGAAGAGGAUGGGGUUAUGAAAUGGGUCUACCUAGCCAAGAUUGAGGCGACUGAGGGAGAGAUGGAUGAUAUCACGAUCAAAGAGCUAUUGAAGAAGAAGGCGAAUGAGUACAUUCAGGAGCCUGGCUUUCAAAAGCAACUUGCUGACUGCGCUGUUGCUUUGAGACGUAGUUAG